AUGCAAAAGGUUGACGAAGAUUCUCGCAAUAAGUGGAAAGAAUCAUUGAAUUUCGAGACAUUACCAAAAUGGGAGGAUUGUGCCAAUUUAUUAGACAGACACUGUCAAUUCUUAGAAUCAAUCGGAAAUGAAAAUAGACCUCGUAAUCAGAUGCGUCACAAGACGAAUGCUCAGAAUAACUCCAAUGUACGCUCGAAGCAGUAUAUUUUUUCAGUAGCGAUAUCGAAUCGAUCUUGUUUCAUGUGCUCAAGUUUAGAACAUUCUAUAACAAAAUACUCUAUGUUUAAAUCCCUAAUGGUGGAGCAAAGGUUUAAUAAGGUAAAGGAACUUGGUCUGUGUAUUAAUUGUCUGUCACAGGGGCAUCGAGCAAACAACUGCCCAUCGAUGCAUAGGUGCAAAGAAUGUGCAGGGCGUCAUCAUACAUUGCUUCAUCGCCUCCAGUUAAAAAACCAUCAAAUUACAACUGUAUCUCGAACUCCAUCUUCGGAACUUCCUGUUGCCUCACAUAACCAUCAAACCAUCUCUGCCGCACAAGAAGUCAUUCUGGCCACUGCACUAGUUUUAGUAAAAGACUGUUUAGGGAAUUAUCAAAUUGGUAGAGCUCUACUUGAUUCUUGUUCGCAGGUGAAUUUUGUUACGGAAGACUUCACAGAAAGACUUAAAUUACCAAAAUAUAAGAAACCACUCUAUGUUUCAAGUAUUGGAGAUUCAAGGACAAAUAUUAGCCAGCAAACUACUGCGCGUAUAAAAUCACGUCAUUCCAACUAUUGGACCUAA